AUGCCCACGUGGUUUCAUCGAUCCGCCCGCCUCUCAAUCGGUCGUGCCAUUCAAAACGACCUGGAGCAACUAGCCUUGAGGAGGUCACCAACUUCAGCGAAAGAAAGUACUCCUCUCAUCCACAUCGCGUCCAUGGCAUUCAUUGAACACACUUUACUGGUCCUAUUCGCCCUUUUCAACGUGGCGCAGGCUACGAGGAACAAAUUCUGGUUAGAAGCUGAUGUUCCUUUUAGACCCGGUGUGCGCAGCUACAAGAAUUAUACGCUAGACAAAAUUACAGGAUUUCUGCGACCCGUAAGAGCCACCGUGGAGAUAGGUGACAAGCCGAAGUUGCAUACGGAGCGCUUGGGUGGUCACGCGCACGAUUUUACCACUUUCGAAGCAGUGCCGUACAGCCUGGAGCAAUUUCUGCGGCCGAACGGCCACGCGUUGCUCGAUACCGCCUGGGAUAUCAACGAAAUAGCUCCCGUGGUUCAUCUGCACAUGAUAUGGAUGGAGGAGACGAAUGGAGUGAUCAGCUUGCCAUGUUGGUCACCAGCGCAAGCAUUGCUAAUCGAAUAUAACCAGACCACGAUGAGAGGUCACAGAAGAACUUGGCUUCUGGGACAAGGACACACGUUCUCAUUGAGUUUGGCAUCGGCCUUUGGUUACAAAAAGGAACCUUCAUCCGAGGCGUUGUUUAUAUCCCCGUUCAAGGGCCUACAGGCUGGGCACGCCGUGUUCACGUGCAUGCUAAGCAGGAAGCGACCAUCGGAUGACAAAUUCAGUCCCAGACUCAGCUUCAUUCAGACCCACAUGAUAUAUUAUCAGACAUCGGACGAGGCGUUGCAAACUGCGCGAGGCAAAGUGGAGGUGGAUUUGGAGCUGGUCGCCUUUACCCCGGAAAGCCAUGGUCCACCUUGUCACUUGUAUCCGAACGAAUACAAUCAAGUAGUCUGUCGGGAGGCAGCGUGGCAGCAAAUUCGCUCCAUGGAUGUCCGGUCGAGGAAUGCUGGCUAUCGGUAUUACAAGAAUCCUCGCCUUAAUCCCAAAGUAAGAAAACAACUGAAAAGUGACCUAUCUUCCACAAUAGCAGACUUUUGCCGUCUGUAUUCGUGUACUGGCGAAAAUCCUCGCCUUAAUCCCAAAGUAAGAAAACAACUGAAAAGUGACCUAUCUUCCACAAUAGCAGACUUUUGCCGUCUGUAUUCGUGUACUGGCGAAGUCGUCCUCGAAUCCGUCGAGCCCAAGUACACCAACGUCACUGUUCCGGAGGUACUUCACUUCUUCGGUGACCAUGUCAAACAUCCCAAUCAGUGCCGCAACGAGAAACGUUUGUCUGGACGCGUCCGAGAACAUCACCUGAGACGAGAUCCGAAGGGGCAUUGA